CACACAACAGAGCAUAAAUUUGGAUACGAUAACGUUUGAUAUAUUAUUCGAUGGAGACAUAAAAUUAGCAUCGCAAAUCUAUGUAUGCAGAUUACUUGUUAACAAUUUACGCAACAAACAUUUUGCAACACUUAUUUGCAGCAUUAUUUUGACGCAUAGAGAGCAAUUAGUAGAAGGAGAGAACAUUGAUAAAAAGAGAGUUCAUGAAUUUUGACAGCUGUAAAUGACAAUCAAGUGCGGAAAGUAGCUAAUAUGCAAUAAAUAUAAUAAAAUUAGUUUAAAAAUGCAGUUAAAAGUAAUUAUUACAAAUAUAUAAUAAUUAAAUGUACAAAAAUCAACGGAAGUGGGUGUUUUAAAUAUUGCAAGAGUGAAAAGUUAAAUAGUUGCGUUUUCCGCACGUCGAUUUCAUUUUGUUUUAAAAGUGUGUUUAUUUUUGGAAACAAAUACCAAAAGUGUGUCAUAUAUAGUAGAAGCCACAGCAUAGUAUUUGAAAACGCGUCUGAAUAUUAUAAAUAUACACAUAUAUUGAAAGCGCUGUUUUAUUUUAAAAAUAUACGCGGUGGAUAACUUUUAUUUAAGAAUGGACCCAACGCGCGGAGACUCGCGCUAUAAUCUUAAUUAUUCUAUGAGUAGUAUUGGUCUCAGCUUAGCAGACCAAUCAGAUAUGUACGGUAAUCCCACUGCAGUUACUGCACUUGGCGGACGACCACCUAGCGGGAGUCUUUUACAUAUGGGAGGCAGUGGUAUCGGACUUAGUCCACGUUCUGGCAGUCUUAUGCCCACCACAACACAAUGUCAGUCAUUAGUUAAUUCUAAUGUUAAUACUGUAGGUCUUUCUGGUGCUAGUGCACAACAGCAUCAACAUCGUGGUAUUAAACGCGCAGGUUCGGACUGUUAUGAUGAUCACAAUAAUCGACCAACAUUGUCUUCGCAAGUAAUACAAGGGCUAGACAGUUGCAGCUCUGGAGGAAAUGGGCAACACACCAGUCAUUCGCAAUCACAACCUGGUGGAGGAGUUUCAGACGUUGUAGAUGAUAGUUAUACUUCGCUGCAAAAUAAAAAAUCACCACCUGCUAAUGGUAAAAAAACAAAGGGACGUGUAAAGAUUAAAAUGGAAUAUAUUGAUAAUAAAUUACGACGUUAUACAACAUUCUCCAAACGAAAAACAGGAAUUAUGAAAAAGGCCUAUGAGCUUUCUACAUUAACGGGCACACAAGUAAUGCUUUUAGUUGCUUCUGAGACUGGACAUGUUUACACAUUUGCCACACGUAAACUUCAACCGAUGAUAACAUCUGAGGCUGGCAAACAGCUUAUUCAAACAUGUUUGAAUUCUCCAGAUCCGCCCAGUGUAGGAGGAGGCGAUCAACGAAUGUCCGCUACAGGUUUUGAAGAGACUGAACUAAGCUACAAUAUUGUUGACGAGGAUUCAAAAGAAGAUCGUUCAUCUGUAUCAUCUGGGAACGAGUCAGAUGAAUCUUCGGAUAUUGAUUCCCCUAUACUGACUUCAACAAAUACUAAAAAUUCUGCUGUUGAUAAGUUGCCAGUAGACAAAAGUGUUGCAACAUGCAGUAGCGCAGUGCAGGCAAAUAUCAAUACGGCACAAAGGGUCCAAUCAAAAAAAAGCUGUUGUUCCAUGGAAGUUGUUAAUCCACAGAGCGAUGCAAGUCUUUUAUAUCCUACCUCUGCACUAUCAAGUGUUCCACAAGAUGUUCUCCUACAACUAAUUCAGUGCGGACAUUUGCAACUUCAUACUGAAGAAGACGGUAGUGGUCACCAAUAUGUGGCUAUUCCUUUGACUUCGUCAACUGCGAAUCUAUUAAAAGCUAGUCAAUCUUCAACAACUAGUACUGCAAACACAAAAGAUUGCUUAGAAACGCGAAAUAAAAAUGAAAUUAGCAGUUCAAAAGAUAAACAAGAAUAUCAGACAAAUACUACUUCAAGUGGAUUGGUUAUAAAACAAGAAUCGGUCUAGUUUUAGUCCCAAUACAAUAUUUAAUUAGUCCAAGUAAAUUCUUUUAACUAGAAAGAUAUUGGAUCAAGACUUUGAAAGUACUGGUAUAACGUUCCUAAAGUACUUGUCAUAUGGAAACUAUACUCUUGUUCAUCUUGUUGCAGUUAUAUUGUUCAGUUUUUAACAUG